UUUUCCAUGGCGGCGCUAGGAGCAUCGGGGCGUUUGUGGCGCGGCAGGGCUGCCGUGGUGUCGCUAUUUCCGAAGUGCUCACGCGAGCGCCGAAACCCCUGGGAAUGGCGGGGGCUCUGCCAAGGCCCGGAGGCGGAGAAGAUAUCUGAUGUACCAAAGCCUUGCUUUACAGAUGAAAAAAUUCAGAACUUGCUCUACAAGAUGACAGGGCUGAAUUUACAGAAGGUUUUUAAACCCAUAAAACAGGAACUUAAACCCCCAACUUACAAGCUGAUGACAGAAUCACAGCUGGAGGAGGCUACAAGGAAAGCUGUUGAGAAGGCUAAAGAGAGGCUCAGAAUGCCUCCUGUAUUAAGUGAGCGGAAACCGAUUAAUGAUGUAUUAGCGGAAGACAAGAUUCUAGAUGGAAUUGAACCCUACAAAUAUGUAUUCACUGACAUCACAUACAAUAUCCCACACCGUGAGCGUUUCAUUGUAGUUCGAGAAACCAACGGACAACUACGCAAGGCCACUUGGGAGGAACGUGACAGGAUGAUCCAGAUCUACUUCCCAAGAGAAGGGCGUAAACUUAGCCCUCCAGCUAUAUUCAAAGAUGAAAACCUUAUGACUGUAUUUCUUCAAGACCGUCAUGAAGAGCUCCUUGAUCGUUGCCUUGUACAAUUUGAGGCAGAUUCGUCUGACUACAUCAGAUUGCAUCAUCGGACAUAUGAUGAUAUUGAAAAGCUCGGAAAAUAUGAUCUGCUGCGAUCAACUAGACAUUUUGGAGGGAUGGUGUGGUACCUUGUAAAUAGAAAGAAGACAGAUGGAUUGCUGAUAGACAUGCUCCAGAGAGAUUUGCUUGAUGAUGCUGCAAGCUUAGUAACCCUCUAUCAUAUGCUCCAUCCUGAUUGCCAAUCAGCAACAGAAUCACAAGAACAAGAUCUCCAAGGACUAGACUUAAUUAAGGUUUUUGUGAAGACAGAAACCCAGAGAUCUGGAUACAUUGAACUUGCAUUACAAGCAUCUCAAGCAACUUUGCCUCAGUCUGCAGCUUCAUAAAAUGAUCUGUUUAAUCAAUUCAUUUAAUGUGAUGUAUGUGAGGGGAGGGGUGUAAAAUGUAAAUAACUUGAAAAUAAAAUACAUUUUGUUUUACUGUGUACUGUAUAA